CGCACAAGCAGAUACCCUUCCACAUACUAUAUAUUAUUGCGGUUGUAGGCGAGAAUCGUGAAUCAAACAGAAGCCAACGGUGCCAAAAAAAAAAAAGAAAAAACAGAGAGAGGCCAACGAGCACAAGGAAGAGCAGAGUUCUGAGGCGGUGAGCCCCAAUGUCUCGAGUUAUUCGGAACAUCAUCGUCGUGGCCAUGGGCGCGGGCGCUCUGGGCGGACCAGACGCGCUGCGUCUCCUGCUUGCCUUCGCCGGGAAGAGCCCCCUCGUCGACAUCCUCAUCGCCGUCUUCGUCAUCGCCGCGGUCACCGCGCCCGCCCUCGGCACCAUGCUUCUCGCGCGCUUCUUCCGCAAACCGCGCGCUGUGCCCGGCGCGGCCCGUGCCGGGCGCGGCGCAGCGGGUGCGGCGGUCGCUGAUGACCCGUUCGCGCAGAUGACGCUGGUGGUUUCCCUGGCCGUCGCGUUCCUCGUCUCCGCGUCCCUGCUCGUCCUGCCAUUGUUCCAGUCCGGGCACCUCGUCCCGCUCGCCUUCGCCGGAGUCGCCCUCGUCGUGGGCGCCUGCGCCUCGCGCGUCCGCGGCGUGCUUCUUCCGAAUGCGCACGGUGGAGCCGGCGCCGGCGCCACCCCUGCCGCGACCGCCACGGAGCGCGGUAUCAAGCCGACCCUUUCGGUGUCCCUCGCCGCCAUCUGCCUCGUCCUCGUUGCCCCUUGGCGCCUCGCGGUCGGCAUCCUCGACGCGCCAUCGCAGCGCCUCCUUGCUCCGCUCGCCACCGUGCCCGUCGUCGGCGUCGCCGCUGCCACCGUGGUCGGCACCACGAUCCUCGUCCUCCGCUUCCGCAAGGCGAAACAUGCGGCCGCGACGCCGGACGCUGCCACGACGCCGGCCACGGAACGCUCCCACAAGAUGGUCAUGGUUACGGCCUUGGCGGUUGCCUUCUUCCUCGCCGUCCCGCUCGUCGUCGUCGUCGACGCAUGUCCGCGUCGUGUCUUCGGCUGCGCCUGUUGACUCUGAAGAUUCACAUCGCCCGAUCGCCGUGACCGAGUCCUGCACUGGCGACACGAGUGGUCGAGUGCUACUUGUUUUUUUCUGUUUUCUUGAGGGCGUAAUACUAAAGUGGUGUGCGUUUCAUCCUUUUGCAUUUUACGCUGGGAGAACGUACUCGGUACUCGGUAGUGCGGUGGUGUAUGUACACAAUGUGCUUUGGGUUCGUGUUUGCUUCUCUCUUUGGAGUAGUGUCUCGGUCAGUGGGCUGAACUGGAUAUCAUCUCGUUGAAGGAAUGGGCAAGAAAUGGAAUAUAUUAGGGCGUUCACAGUGCGUGACAUGGCAUUCGGCUUCCCCCUUUAACAUCAGAGAUUCCCAGCCACGUGCACUUCUCACGCUAGAAACUGAAGAACGCGGAGCCAAAGAAAGCUCCACGUUCCUCGUCAAAGUUGUCAGCGAUUCCAUCAAAGUUGUCAGUGAUUCCUCAAUCAUCGUGCAUAGCAGCGUCUACACCUCACUCCACCUCACCACCGGCCGUGGCGGCGGUUCCCCUGCCAUGCUCCCACAUCCCAUGCUAGGUGGUGGUGGUCGUCGCCGGCGAGGCCACCACCCGAGCUCGACGGGUCGCCAUUAGCGGCGAGGACACCUCCGGAGCCGGCAAGCUCGAUCCGCCCACCGACGUCGAUCCCCGCCGCCGCGAGCUCGACAGCCGCCGGAAGCGAGGGGGAGGGGAGGGGACUGAAGAAGUUGAGGACGUCGCCGGCCUCAUCGAGCUCGCCGCCUUGGUGUCGACUAUGGCAGGCAGCGUCCUCGGCGCGCCGGCCAGGGGAGGAAGGCGUCGGCCGGGGGAGGAGGGCGUCGACCGGGGAGGGAAGGA